GAAGCAGCUGAAGCGAUGUGUGCGAUGCGUUCGAAUAGCGACAUCUGUACUAGACGACAAGAUCGGUGCACCGCAUCCGUAGUGACAUUCAUUUGACCAGUCUGGUAUCUUGCCAGUAAGAAACGUAAAGGUCAUGCCGGCAUUGCGUCUGUUUGGCCGGAAAUGGUUAGCCGCCUCGGACGACCUCGUGUUUCCGUGCGUGUUCGAAAUCUGCUUCCGGAUCGUAUGGCUCGGGCUAAUUUCGUGCGUAACGUCCACCUACUGGAACGUGACCGAGGAGUGCGGUGAGGAUGCACUCCCGGUGCGGAUCUAUCUGGUAGGGACGAUAGUGUUAAUUAGUGUAAAUAUAGUUCUACUCGUCAUCUUAGUCAACCGCAGCGCCCAGGGCAGCAUCACCGAGGUGCACAAGCGCCGACUGGUCGCACCGCUGCUGGUAAUAAAAAUACUAUUAAUAAUACCGGAAACGGGCAUGAACGUGCUUGGCACCAUGUGGGCGUUCUGUGGAACGUUCGAGUGUAAAAGCAACGACAAAGUAUCGCGAACUGUGAUCGAAGCAAUCGUCCUAUUCAACUGGGUAGUGUUUGCGCUGAUAAUAUUCGGCCUGGCCAUCGUGUUCGAUCCGCUCGGUUCGGCCAAAUACAAGAAUGGCCGGGACACGAACGACAACGGACCGACCGAGUCAGCCAUCCACCGGAAGGUGUCGAAGCUAUGGUUCCGCCGGUUCCGGUGGGCCUUCUGCUGUCUGCGGCGCGAUGAGUUCGGGCACGAAGCGUUCACGCAGGUGGCCAGCCUGCUAAGUGCACUGUUUCGCGGUACCGAUCUCGUCCCGUCCGACAUUGUGGCCGGCUGUGUGUUGCUACGCGUACGACAAAAGCGUGAAACGCGCGAAAUGCGCCGGAUACGCAUGCUGAACGACGAUGGACCACGGUACUCGACCGACAUAACGCGCGUCUUUGCCACCUCGCCGGCCUGGAUGACGAUCAAGAAUGCGAGACAUUUUUUGCGCUUUGCGCUGGCCGCGUACGGUUGGCCGAUGGUGUGCUACCUGAACUGCUGCACUGGACCGUAUCGGUUAAUACCGAAGAUGACGUGCUGUGCGUGCUUUCGACGAAAACCCCAAAUCAUCAUCGAUGAUAAUUGCUGCCUGUGUCAUCUGGCCGGUGUGCGGCAUACGUCCCGGCUGCGCAGUGAAGAUGUGUUACACGCAUCAUUCAAAAACCACGUAUUUGAGUUACCAUUCUGCAUAAUGGCGGACCACAGCACGAAAAGCAUCGUGAUCGCUAUCCGUGGCAGUCUCUCGAUGCGGGACGUGUUCACCGACCUGGUCGCAAACGCGGAACGUUUCGAUGCACCCGGCAUGCCACCGGAUACGUCCGCCCACCGUGGCAUGGUGGCCGGCGUCGACUGUAUGCUGAAGCGGCUGCGCGAAGGCAACAUACUGGAGCGCAUCUGUGCCACCUAUCCGGAGUACACGCUGGUACUGACCGGCCACAGUCUCGGCGCCGGCGUAUCGAUCCUGCUUGCGGCCAAACUGCGCAGCCGCUUUCCGGAUCUGCGCGUGUACGCGUUCGCAACGCCGGCCGGAUUGUUGAGCCGCGAGGCAGCACGCUACACGGAAAGCUUCGCGUUCACGAUAGGCGUGGGGGAUGACUUUGUGAUGCGGCUCGGUGUUGAUUCGAUCGAGAAUCUGCGCACGAGCGUUAUUGAGACGAUACGGGCGUGCAAGCUGCCGAAGUGGCGCAUCAUGCUGAACGGGUUCGGGUACGCACUGUUCGGUGUGCCCUCGAGGGACCUGGAAACGACCUGGCACGAUGUGACGGAGAUUACGAAAAAAGCCGCCCAAAGUCCGCUGCUGUCCGGUGAACGACCGAUCCAGACGGUUGCUACCGCGGAGGGUGGACUUCUAUCCAGCGAAAUAUCCCUCCGACGCUUUGCGAAAACGCGCCUCUACACCGGCGGCCGUAUACUGCACAUCGUGCGCCGCAAGAAAACGGAACUGGAAAAGAAAUCGAACAGCGGCGGUCCAACGUACGAGAUGCGAUGGGCAACGGCCGAAGACUUUACCGAGCUGAAGGUGAUGCCACGCAUGCUGCUGGACCAUCUGCCGGAUAACGUGUUCAAAACGCUUACCACCAUCCUGGAGGACCAGAAAACGCACAACGGUUCCGUGCUGUCACUGCAGGAGAUCUAA